CCUCCCCAUGACCUCACAUUCUCCUCCACACAACCCCACCCACAAUCCCAACCACCCCACCUUCUUCCCCCGUGGCCACGAGCCUGAAUCCACCCCGCGCCACCGCCGGCUUCCUCCCUCGCCGCUCAGACCAACCCCCAUCGAGCUAUGCCGUCCUGGCCAGCAGCCGAGGCCCUCCCUUCUCCCUUCUUCCCCACCGAGCCCACCCAUCCCGAUCGAAACCAACCUUCCUCCCCGGCCACCUUCUACCUCCGCUGUCGCGCCGGCCCGCGAAGCCCUGCCGUCAUCCUCCCGCACAACCCCGCCCCGCCCCGGUCACGCGCCGCCCAACCCCGUACCAGCUGUGCGUCGCCCCCACCCUGCCCCGGCAGCCCUCCCCACCCCCAACCCACCACCUCCGGCCGGCGCGCCUCACUGGGUCUCAGCAACGCCGCCAGCAGAUGGGAUCCGGCAGCGAUGGGAUCCGGCAACAUCGCCAGCGAUGGGAUCAGGCAGCAGACAGCCAAGCCAGGCACACUGCUGACCGCCGCGAUCUCGCCUCCCUCCUCCGUCCCUGGGCCAGAUCCAUGGCCAACCGCCCGGCGGCAUGCAGCACACGCGCGGGAAGCCGUGCAGUUCGUCGGGCGCAUCCUGUCGUGUACGUACGUCGUCGGACCCUGCCUCCUCCUUCCUCAAGCUUCGUAAUAGCCCCUCCCCAACCCCACUCCUCCUUCCGGCUUCGACCCACCAUCUCCUACAUCUCCAACUUUCUCCUGACCGGCCUCAGCCAUGCGCCAAAAUCCAGCCGUCCCCACCCCUCUGGUUUCCCCUCUGGGCAGCGGUCGCGCCACCACUCUGCCAUCCGGUGAGCAUGUGCAGCGGGUGCCUGCAGUGUGUCUGGUGAGCAUGUGCAAUACGAUGGCGGGUGCCUGCAGCGCGAACGGUGAGAACGUUCAGUACCAUGGCCUCAUCUGCAGUCCAGCGGCCAUCGCCGCGCAGCUCGGCCACGCGAGUGAUGUGGUACACUUUGCAAAAAAUUGUAGUUUUUGCUUGCAGGUAGUGUGCGCUGCUUCGGGUGAGCUCCCCUCCUUGCAGUCCACCAGCGCGUCUGUGCAGUGCGGCCCGUGCAUGUGUGCAGUCUAUAGUGUGUGGGAAGUAGCUCGCAAAAUGUCUCACGGCGUUAUUGUGAGUUCGGUUGACUCGCUGCUGUAGUAGGUCGCCGGUGUGUGCGUGCAUGUCAGUGCGAGCACGCUCUGCAUGUGUGAGCAGCUUCAUGUUUUUGUGUAUGCGGUUCCCUGUCAAGUGUGUGCGCUCUUGCUGCCUUUGUGGUGCGGCCAAGGACAACUUGCAGGGUGCUUCAUGUCCAAAUUUAAAAGCUUUUUUUUAUCUCUCUUUUUUGCUGAUUUUCAAUUUUGCAGUUCCCGGCGAGCCGUUUGAGUGGUGCAGUGCUCGCCCUGCUGGCGUGCAGUGCAGUGCGCCCCGGACCCUUGGUCAGGCCUUGUGCUGUUGGUAGUCGCUGGAGUGCAGCUCGUCUCCCGCGCAUCUGUUUUUCUUGUUGUGUUUCACUUGAACGGUGUGCAAUGGUGGUUUUUUACUUGGCUCUGUUCUUGUGUGCGUGGAUAGUUUUUUGCUCUUCGUCUAGAGAAGGAGGAGAGAUCUCUUACAGUUUGUCCAGUAGUUGUAUUUUUGGUGUGUAGUUAGGCGUAAUCUUCUGCCCUGCAAUGCUGUUAUUUCUGACAAUUUUUCGUCUAUGUAUGCCCGGUGAUACAAUUUUCUCCCCCUGUAUCUCCAAUGGGUUCUAUUGCCUAGUUGUUCUGUCAGGACAACAGAGUUCUGUCUCUGAUGUUUUGAAUUUUUGCUUCACGGUUCAUUGUAGUUUCAAUAGUAUCUUUGCGGCAGUUGUGGAUCAUCUUCCAAGUUUAUCUUCACGGUUCAUCUGUCGCCCUGUCAGCCUUUGUAAUUUGCGCCUAUGUUCUGUUACAGUACCUGAUGAUGUUAACUGUAACUCCCUUUCCUUAGACCUGUAAUUAAUGUAGUAAACGUGCAUUGUCAUUGUCUAUGUUGGGUAAUUUCAUCCCCUUAUUCCUUUUAUAAUUUCUUUCUUGCAUGUAUAUGUAUAGCACACAAAUGUAAAUGACCCUUGUGUUCUAUUUUUAUUUUUAUUGUAAUUGUUUGAGCGGACGCGACCAUGACUUAAUGUUCACAAUAGCUGUUUGCUUUGCCUC